AUGGAGACGUUUGAGGCUUCUUCUGGGGGCUCAUCCUCUAUAAACCAACACCACGGUAAUGGUAUUCAUUUUACUGGGGCUAAUAUCCAAGGAGACGUGAACAUUGGUGGUAAGAUGAAUAAAGCACCAGAAAGUAUACAGAACCGUUGCCUACGGUCGCUGUCCUUUACAUCUAUGGGAGAACGUUCCAUGAUGAUCGACACUGCCACCGACGGGACAUGCGAAUGGCUAUUUCAACACGCAACGUAUAAGACCUGGGUUGCUUCUAAUUGUGGUUUGCUCUGUAUUAAGGGGAAGCCCGGCUCAGGAAAGUCGACUUUACUUAAAUAUGCUCUGGAUAGUGUCGAAAAAGCAUACAAUGCCCCGGGAAACAAUGCCAUAAUUCUCUCAUUCUUUUUCUACGGCCUAGGCGAUGAGCUCCAAAAGACACCGCGUGGCCUCUUCCUGUCGCUUCUUCAUCAGCUCUUCCGCGAGGUUCCUGGCACCCUGCCAGAUCUUCUGGCUACCUUCGAACGACGGUGCGAGGAGAGGGGAAAGCCGCCUAAAGCGUGGCAGUGGCAUGUAAACGAGCUGCAAGCCUUCUUCCAGUCCUCACUUCCAAAGGUCUUGAAAUGCCGCCCAAUCUGGCUAUUUGUUGAUGCGUUGGACGAGUGUGGCAAGGGCAGCGCGAUCAAGUUGGUAAACACGUUCAAGCCCUGGCUCCAAAAGCUCCCGCCAGCUGGUUUCCAAUUCCGUGUCUGCUUUACUUGCCGCCACUAUCCAAUUCUAGACUUUGGUGGUGGGCUCGAAAUCUGCGCUGAGGAAGAAAAUAGAAGGGAUAUUUCGAUUUACGUGCAGGCCCAGCUUUCUACAAUUCCGGGCCCUGUUCGAGAUUUGAUCGCUAGAAGUGCCUCUGGUGUUUUUAUGUGGGCACAGCUCGUAGUCACUCGCGUUCUUGACCUCGAACGUGAAGGGGCUGUUGGCCGAGGAAAAAAUCGGGUCAUUCCUAAGGAACUCGGCGAUAUAUAUAAACAGCUCGUCAAGGGCAUGAACGAGAAGUCAACUUCUCUAAAACUGAUCCAGUGGGUCUGCUUUGCUGAGAGGCCUCUGUCUUUGGACGAAUUGCGGUGGGCCAUGGUCGUCGAUGCAAAGCUUGAUAGUCCAUUCAAGUCAUUGGAAGAAUCCGAAGACGCGGCCAGUUUCCCAGAUGAUCAUGAGAUGAUAAAGAGGAGAGCCAAGACGCUCAGCUGCGGCCUUGUGGAGGUCGUCGUACAGUUGUCUCCCGAAUGGAUUUCUCCGCCAUGGUUCAAACCCAUUGUGCAGCUCAUCCAUCAGUCUGUCAAGGACUUUUUUCUCGAGAAGGGCCUAUUAAUGCUAGACAACGGCACGCACUUGGUCACUCAGUCAGCCGCCAUAACAAGAAACGAGCUGUUGUCCGAGUUUCCGCUGUUAGAGUACGCUAUAGAUUCAUGGCAUUUCCACACCAACCAGAGCGAGGCCCACGACGCCCCUCAAGAUGAUCUUCUAGACUACUUUGGCUUACCCUUGAGAGAUUUUACGCACAACUUGGAGCGACUUAACAAGAUAAUACGUCCACACCCCAUUCUCGAAAGAGGGAGCAGCCUGUUACAUAUAGUGUCACUAUAUGGGAUGAUAGGGCCACUAAAAGCGAUUCUUAAAAGGGAGGCAAAUCGAGAUACUUUUGAUAUCAACUUGAGGGGUAGUAGGGGUGGGACCCCGCUCUUGUGGGCCGUCAUGGGAGGGGAUGAGGCUGCGGUUAAGCUACUCCUUGAGACAGGCAAGGUUGAUGUUAAUGCAAGAUCUUUGGACGGUUGGACACCAUCCUUAUACGCCGCUCGGUGUGGACUUAAGGCUAUAGUCAAGCUGCUUGUUGAUACGGGCAAGGUUGAUAUUAAUAAUAUAGAGGAUGAGCUGAGGCAAGGCGUAAUCGAGUAUGCUCUCCUAGGUAGGCCUAAACCUACGAUGGAAUCUAUAGUCCCAUUAGGUGUUGUUAUAGGUGAUAGACUGAAGCACAAAUAG